AAAUUUAAAGUGAGAGUGCUAGGGCUCAGAAGAAAGAGGAAAAGGCGUUUGGAGGAUGCGUGAGUCCUGCUGGGUCGGGAACAUGUUCCAGGUGCUGCUUUUGACCUUCUGCCUCUCCAUCACAACCACACCGGUACUGCCCAUGGCACUGGAUCCCUGCUCUGCUUAUAUUAGCUUGAAUGAACCCUGGAGGAACACCGAUCACCAGCUAAAGGAGGAUGAUGGUCAGCCUGCCUGCGACAGUCAGGUGGAUGGGGAGUGGUAUCGCUUCACAGGCAUGGCAGGGGAUGCGAUGCCCACAUUCUGCAUCCAAGAGAACCACUGUGGCACCCAUGCACCCAUCUGGCUGAAUGGCAACCACCCACAAGAGGCAGAUGGUAUUGUGCUGCGCCAGGCCUGCGCCAGCUUCAAUGGAAACUGCUGCCUCUGGAACAACACUGUGGAGGUCAAAGCCUGUCCUGGAGGCUACUACGUCUACCAUCUGACUAAGCCCAGUGUCUGCUUCCAUGCCUACUGUGGCCAUUUCUAUGACAUCUGUGAUGUGGUCGACUGCCAUGGUACUUGUUCAAAUCCUGAAUGCACAUGUUCUGAAGGAACCGUCCUGGGCCCGGACCAACAAACCUGCCUGGAUGAAAAUGAGUGUGAAAAAAACAACGGUGGCUGCAGUGAGAUCUGCGUAAAUCUGAAGAACUCAUAUCGCUGUGAAUGCGGGGUUGGACGUGUACUGGGAAGUGAUGGCAAAACCUGUGAAGACAUUGAAGGUUGUCAAAACAAAAAUGGCGGCUGCAGCCAUUCCUGCCGUGGAUAUGACACAACUUAUCAAUGUGAAUGCCCUCGAGGGUUGGUGCUAUCUGAGGACAAUCACACUUGCCAAGUGCCUAUGAGAUGCCAGUCGAAUUCCAUUGAAGUGAACAUCCCCAAGGACCUGGUUGGAGGUCUGGAGGUCUUUCUGACCAACACAUCCUGCCGAGGGGUAUCCAAUGGCACCCACGUCAAUAUCUACUUCUCCCUCAAGACCUGUGGCACGGUGGUUGAUGUGGUGAAUGAUAAGAUCAUCGCUAGCAACCUAGUGACAGGGCUCCCCAAGCAGAUGCCCGGCAGUAACGGUGACAUCAUCAUCCGUACCAGUAAGCUGCUGAUCCCGGUCACCUGCGAGUUCCCUCGACUCUACACCAUUUCCGAAGGCUAUGUGCCCAACCUCCGUAACUCCCCACUGGAAAUCAUGGGACGCAGCCAGGGGAUCUUCCCCUUCACACUGGAGAUCUUCAAAGAUAACGAGUUUGAAGAGCCCUACCGGGAAACGCUACCCACUCUCAAGCUUCGCGACUUGCUCUACUUUGGAAUCGAGCCCCUGGUUCAUGUGAAUGGGCUAGAAACCCUGGUGGAGAGCUGUUUUGCAACUCCUACAGACAAGAUCGAUGAGAUCCUCAAGCACUACCUCAUCCGAGAUGGCUGCGUGUCAGAUGACUCAGUAAAGCAGUAUACGUCCCGAGAUCACCUCACGAAGCACUUCCAAGUGCCUGUCUUCAAAUUUGUGGGAAAAGACCACCAGGUGGUGUUUUUACAUUGCCGAGUACUGGUGUGUGGGGUGCUUGAUGAGCAAUCCCGCUGUGCCCAGGGUUGCAACCGACGGAUGCGACGUGAAGCAAUUAAGGACAAGGGAACUCACCUGCAGAACCACAUACUGACUAGUGGCCCAAUCAUCAUUGACAGGGAGGACGAGUAACAAGUCUGCCACCGUGUCCCUAGGGUUUCUCUAUGGAUUGUAACUUCUCUGCCAAUCCUUCUAACGCCCUCUAAGGACAUCGAAUCAGCAAUCAAGAAAGCUUGACAUUCAAUAACAUGAUAUUUGCUGUCAUCUUACAGUUGCUGAAGAUACUCAUGCCAUCUAACCUUUUCCAGGUCCUGUUAAAGCUGGUUUAUAAGGCUCAAAACCUUGCCAAAUGACUUGGCUUAUUCUCUACAGGGUCUGAUACUUCACCAUCCAUUUAAAAGAUCUCCCUAUUCUCCCCCAAUAUUCCCUUUUUUGUGUUUUUAUUUCUCUUCUUCAAACAUCUCAAAUAAUUUUAAGCACCAGUGCAAUCAAUAGUAAGGAACGAGUUAUCCAGAGCCUUCUGUCUAGUUUUUAGCUUUCACAUCCGAUAACCUAGGGGACCUUUAUUCCCAAAGAAAAAAACAAGGAUUUGACAAGCGCAGAUAUUUGGAGCGGACUUACAAUUAAAAAAAAAAAAAGCCAGGGGCCAGUGGUAAUGGAAGCACUGACACAAGAAGUCAGGGUCACAUUUCAAAUUUGAAAUCGUAGAAAUGCUAGAGGAAAAAAGUGUUGUGUGAAAUUAUACAUUAAAAUGGAAGGGCUCAAGGUCCUUAAAUAUGUAAAUCGUCAUUGUACCCUAACACUUCCAAUAGGCAUUCAGGGUCACUACAGGGGAAAGAGGUGCUCAUAAGCAUUGGGAAUGUUUAAUAAAGAAGACUAUUAAGUUUUUCUCUGA